GUGGUUCUUCCGAGGGGACAUGACAUCUCCGGAGCCAUUCCACGCGACCCUGAGACACGCGAGGAGCAAAUGGGUGGAAAUGGGUCGGCCCCAAAAAUCGAGCCGGGGCAAGGCUCACUCCCGAGAAUGGCAGGCAAGUGUUCUCAGAAAGAGAGAACAAACAGAAAAAUGGAGAGAAAAAGAAAACCAAAGGCUGAAAACUUUGUAGGAAUUCGAGAGCUUCGUCAACUCGGCGUUUGAUGCCCGUGACACAUUCACGGUGCACAGGCUGCUCGCCUCGGACGAUCACGUCUUCGACAAAUGGAUGGAGGCUCUGGAGCUCAACGCGCAAGGAAAGCUCCCGCUGGGCGAUGGCAGGCUCCCCACCGGAGGAGGCCUGCCGAGCAACUCCAUCUCCAUGGCCAGCCUCGUGAGCAUCCGCGCGCUGGAGAACGAAGAGCUCCUCUACGUCGCCGAGCAGCUCGCGAGCAAGGCCUGCCUCUUCCGGAAGUUCCCGAGCUGCGAGAUGGACGUGCCUUCUCUGGAUCAGCUCGGGAAGAAGCUCAAGAACAGGAGGUUGAUCGCCGAGAGGCUGCUCCAGGAGUGCAUCGCCAGCAACAUCUUGCCAAGCUACGUUACCAGCGUUUCCGGGCUCAAGAAGAGGCUCCGGAUCAGCGACGAGGAGCUGGACGAGUGGGCGAGAGUGGAACCCGAGGCUUGCUCCAAGCUCGCCAAGAAGAAGAAGACGCUCAAGCUUGUGCCGCUUCCACUUGGUUGGUACUCUCGUCUCCAGGAGAAGCUCGGCGGCGAUGAGAUCUCGCCAUACCUGGUGCGCGAGUGCAGCAAGACGAGCGUCGAAUGGAUCGUCAGGCUCUUGGCCGAGAAGCGGAGCGUCAAGCUCAUAAUCGCGGAUCUUCGCCGGUGCCAGGACGGUGAUCUUCAGAGCUUGUGUGACAAGUUGCUGCUAGCGCUCGAGUCCGGGGGCUGCUCCUGCCGCGUGAUCUUACUCGUCGCCAUCGCCCAGCUCCCCGGGAUCAUGCAUGGAGUGGAGAAGAUCGCUCGGAUCAUCAGAGGUGGCGUCAAGGUUGGCAGCGUGGUUGAUUUCCCGGAGCAAACGCACCACCACACCAUGAUUGUGAGCUUCGGCACGGGAUCACUGGAGAGGGGUGGAGGAAUGAGCCUGUUCUUGCGAGAGGGAGAUCACCGCCUUCCAAAAGAGUGGGAAGAUCACAAGUUUGCCAUGGAGAGGGAGGAGGGAUCCAUCAGCCUUGGGCUGGCGAGCCAUGUUGUGAGACAGUUCGAGGAGGAUGGCGGCGCUUACAUCGUCGAGUAUGGCUGCGGCGGGCAGAUCUUCAAGGCUUGCAUGAUCCACGACCAGAGGGGGAUUGUCCUGGUCGAAACUUCGCAAGAGCUGGACAAGAUGAAGAGAUUGGUCCAAGAGCUGCGAGCUACGAAGAAAAGCUAGCCUUCUAAAGAGGAAUUUUUUUUCUACCGAGAUGGUGGAAAGCUAGUGAUCAAAACAUGUAAGAUUCUGGGUAGUCAAUGGAAAUCAAUCACCCUUCUUUUA